UUCAGUAGGGUUUAAAAGUAUGGGAGGAUGAACAUCUUGAAAAGAGAGGAGAAGAGAUUAGAGAGAAGCACCUAAGGUGUCUAGGGUCAAACCCACAAUCUCUGCUUUAGAAUCGAGGUAUCGUUUUCUUGAAAAAGUUAAAGGAGACUAAAAUGAUUGGCAUGGUGUGUUCAGUGCUUUCAGUGUUGUGUGUUCUCCCCCUGCUGGUUGGGAGCACGGUUAUUUCUCAACAUCUGUUUCCGACUGACUGCUCUGAUGUCUACGCUAACGGACAAAGACUCAGUGGCGUGUACACCAUCUACCCUACAGCAGACACACCUGUACAGGUGUACUGUGACAUGGAAUGUGGGGAAAGCAAAACAGAAGACGGGAAGUGGACGGUAUGUUUAGAUGUGUUUCAGAGGAGAAUGGACGGCACUGUGAAUUUCUACAGACCAUGGGAACACUACAAGAAAGGGUUUGGAAACAAGUAUGGAGAAUACUGGCUAGGAUUAGAACACAUCUACCAGCUCACACAUAAGAAGAAAUACGAGCUGAAAGUGGACCUGCAGGACUUCGCCGGGGUGUCGGUUUAUGCUCGAUAUUCUUCUUUCUCUAUAGAUUCUGAAGCUGAUGGCUACACACUCCACAUUAGUGGUUUCACCAAUGGAGGUGCAGGUGAUUCUCUGGCUACACACAACGGACAGAAAUUCUCCACCUUUGAUAAAGACCAGGACUCGUAUGCAGGGGGAAACUGUGCGAAAAGCUACCUUGGGGGUUUUUGGUACAGUCAGUGCCACCAUGCGAACCCUAACGGGAUAUACCUGUGGGGACAGGACGGCACUCAUUACGCCAUCGGAAAUGUGUGGUACCAUUGGAAAGCCUAUGAUUAUGGUCUCAAAUACAUCACCAUGAAGAUCAGACCUGUGUCUGUAGCAUAGUGAUGAAUUUCUCUUUAUAACAUUCUUGUUGUUGAUGAUGGUGGAGGUGGACAUGGUGGUGGUGUUGGAGGAGGUGGUGUUGAAGUAGAGGUGGAAGUGUUGGUGUUGGAGGUGAUGGUGGUAGUGGUGGUGGUGGUUUCUGUCUCUCUCUCUCUCUCUCUCACACACCAAAGAGGAGGCCCUGCAGCACAUCCACAUUGAGUUCAUAUGCUCACUACAUAGGGUGUAGCAUAAUCUGUAGUGCACUAGAUAUCCAACAGAAUGGCAACUGAGCCACAACCACAGAAAAGAAAUUACUUCAAUAAAAAAUAUUUUUUAAGUCGAGAUUUUAAAACACUGAUCCACAAUUACAAAAUGUAAACAACAUUUCUUGAUCCCGGUCUCUUUUCCUGUACUGAGACGUUUAGCCAGAAGAUAAGGGUUUCAAGAAACCCAAGAAAUGGGUUUCAAUCAACUUUCGUUUUGCAUUUAAAAAUAAAACACAAGAUCUUAAACA